GUAAUACCAAAAAGCUCAUUUUAGUUUAAGAUUUUUUUAGGACGUAGACAAUUUUGACUUUGGCUGUGGUAACUCGGGACAAGCGGUCUGUAGUUCAGAAUUUGAUGUGACAACGUUGACGUCACGUGAUCCAACAUGGCGGCGCUCGCGUCCUUGAUGUUCAAGUCCAGAUCAGCCUGUGGAUUUCUGAACAUAAUGCGCCAACCAAAUGGAGGUAUUUUGGAUAUAACAAUAAUCUUUAUGGAACAAAAGGAACAUUUAUUGUGUAACUGGGAGUCUCAUCAGUGCAAACAUCCGAAGAUCAUCAAAGGUCUUCUGCUCCCUUGCCGGUCCUCUCUUGUGGACUGGGUGCGCUUUGCAUCCAAGAAGGCAGGCGGUAGCAGCAAGAACCUCGGGGGAAAGAGUCCCGGUCGCAGAUAUGGCUUCAAGAGAACAGACGGGAACUUUGUCCAUUCUGGCAACAUCCUAGCAACACAGAGGCUCAUGCGGUGGCAACCAGGAGCACAUGUGGGGAUUGGAACCAACAACACCCUUUAUGCCCUGGAGGAUGGCAUUGUCAGGUUCACUAAGGAGGUGUAUGUUCCAGCCCCACGCAGCACUGAGACAUUCAAGGUCAUCACCAAGUUGCCCACAGGAACUGUGCUCUACAAGACCUUUAUCAACAUAGUGCCCAACAAACAAGAGGGCAAAUUCAAACUGGUUGGCAUGUUCUGAAGACUGCUGACUCAUUCAUAUUCCACUCUGUGGAAGAUGAAAUCCUACUUUUUCUAUGGACUUGGCAGAUUGAAAGGUUCUGUUCAACCGCGGACUCCUUUGUCGUGAAUGUUGUGGAACCGAGCUGCUGUGUGGUGAGGAGGAAUCUGGAAGUUCUGAGGGAAUUCCUCAAAGCUUCCUGUGUUGUUGUGGUGACCGUUGCCAUAUUUUCAUUGAUCCUACACAAUUUGACUAUGGUCGAAAGUUUAAUCAACAGGCACCUACCUGACUUAUUGUGCUGUAAGAAGACUCCAUCCAAUAUAGUUUUUUAUGAACUGGGUGGUUUGAGCCCUGAAUGCUGAUUGGUAUUUUUACUGCUCUAAUGAUGUUGGUAAUCAGUUUAUAAUAGCAAUAAGGCACCUCGCAGGUUUGUAGUAUAUGGACAAUGUACCACAGCUAAGGGCUGUAUCCAGACACUCCGCUUUGCGUCGUGCCUGUAUAUUGGCCAUAUACCACACCCCUUCGUGCCUUAUUGCUUAAAUAGAUAAUCAUGACAUCAGCAGUCUGUUAUGUGCAUUGUAAGCUUAGUCAAUGGAACAAUUUCAUGUGUAUCCAAAAGUAUUUCAUUUUGGGAAUAUUUUUGUAUCAUCUGGGGGGAAAACUCUGUAUGGUUGACAAGGAAAACAUGAAAACACCCCUUGAUCAAGUGUGAGUGUGGUCUAUAGUUCCUGAACUAACCACAGGGUGUUUCAAGGCUUAACACAGAGGUUUCCCCUCUGAUUUCUCCAAACAGGCCACAGAGGGAUAAUGUGAAACAAAAAAAAAUACUACAAAGCAGAGGGAAGUAAUAUCACAGUUUUUAGCAUCAGACUGUACUCUAAAGAACUCUCCUUAAUAAUUUACUCUCUGCCCCAUGUGGUCUCUUAAAGCCAACUACCUCUUUCACAUAAUUUUGUGUUGAUGACACCGGUUCAAGAGACGUUGGGUGUCGACUUGUAACCAUUAACUCAAAUAUGUAUCUGGGGAAUUUUGUGUAGACCCAUUCACAAUCACCAGGAUGGACCCAUUUUAGAUAAAAACAAAAAACUGCAAAUAGACACCCAUGACAGGAUGUGUGUAGUAUUCCCCAAACAUUUUACAGAUCAUUCUUUACUCUGAGUUUAAGUAAGGUGCCAUGUUUUUUUUAGGUUUUUUUUAGGGUAUGAGUUACAGAUAGCAUGAAUUAUAUUUCAACUCCUCUCUUAGUGGUAUGCAGGGGAGUGUGGAGUACAUUCAGAAUACCCUUGGUACCUUCACUAUGAAACGACAGCUUGUUAAAACAUGUAUGAUGAAGGCCCUCUACUAACUGAUGAGUGCUGUACUUGAGAUACUAUAUAUUUUUGUACAUGAUGUAUGUGUUAUGAGAGUUGAUAAGGGAGGAUAAUGUACACUACACAAGAGUUGGGGGGGAUAACUCUGCAAAGAGGUUAGAGGUCAAAAUGAGGUCGCGACUCUCUCCACUGAUUGACUCCCUCUCUAGGUUAUGGACAUAUUUGUACCUGGUAGAGAAAAACAGAUGAACAUAAACAGGAGUUUAUUCCCUUUUGAUAUCUUGACACUAUAUAUUAUAUUAAUCCUCAUCAGAUUGAUAUAGCUCAAGUUAAUACAAAUCUUUUUUAUUUAAGCGCAUAGUUCAGCUAUUUCAUUUAUCUGCAUUGGUCAUUUAAGCGCAUAGGUAUUUUAAGUGCAUAGUUUACUUUUACUUAUUUUUUGAUUUGGGUGAGACAUAAUGAAUGUUUUGCAUAGUUACGUAUCUGUCUAAAAACGCAUUGAGAAACCCCAUUCCAGUUUAGCCCAGAAGGUAAAACGUCAGGGUCAUGGUGAGUUUCUCUGCGUAGUUAGUUUGACCUAGUUAACCGUCCCUGAAUGAACACAGUGCGUCCCAAAUGGCAAACUAUUCCCUAUAUAGUGCACUACUUUUGACAAUUAGGGUGCCAUUUGGUAUACAGACAUUGUCUGUCUCAGUAGUGUUGAUCAUUUGUGAUGCAUUCAACCACAACAGCUCUCUGGUCUGGCCCUACACUCAAAGAUAUCAGUACAUGUUAGGUAGCUAAGUAUUCAUAGCUCAGUGUUCUUUUGUAACAAGGGGAUUUAGAUUUUUCAUUAACACGUUCAACCCGAGACAAUGUCUAUGUUUUGUGGUUGUCUACGACUUUGAACGUUGUGAUGAAGCAUCAGAUGUCUGCUGCUGAGGUGCAGAUGUCAUCUUUCCACACACUGGAGUAUGUCUAGAGUUUGAAAUGUAGGCUUAUUUGAUUAUCUCAGGGGUGUCAAACUCAUUUUGCACCAGGGGCCGCAUUCGGUCUUUACCGAGGUCCAGAGGGGCGCAUUUAAAAUGGGUUCUAUUUCCUCACCAUCUUAAUGUGCAAAAAAUAGUCCUGUAUCAAUAACCUUUUGAAUUUUUGAUGCUCCCCGACUGUCAAGCUUUCACAAGCUGGACAGAGUGAAGAAACUAUAAAAGUAUGUCCAUUAUAAUUUCUACACAGUUUAGAUUUUGUUUUAGUCAUUUCAAUUGAAAGUUUUUCCCCAGAUAUUUUUUUUUACUCAAACAACCAGUGGGCCGGAAUGAAUGGACUUGCGGGCCGGAUCCAACCUGCAGUUCGCAUGUUUGGCACCCCUGAUAUAACUGAUAAAUGAUAUCAUUGCCAGUGGCAGGAUAUCAAGCCAUUUACAGUGUACAGUUGUGUUAAAACCACUCGCUACUCCAACUGAUGACGGUCAGAGCCGAGAGUGGUCUCAGGAUCAUAAACUGAGUGAAACUGAGUCA